CUGAUACCGAAAUGCUUUUCUUGCAGACGCUUCUUCCGACACAAGGCCCUCCAACGGGCCCCGUCUGUCUGGAAUUCCGGCCAACAUGUCGGUCUCUCGAGCCGGCCCCUCCCCACCAACACGGCCUCCGACCCCCUCGGCAUCGACCAGCCUUCCCAGCAGACGGCACCAGCCGCAUCUCCACCACAGUCGCAGGCACCGCCCAACCAGCGCUACCGGCAACCACCAGACCCGGGCGUCGAGUCGCAGGAGGUCGCUGCCUCCAGACUCUCCGCCAACUCGACCAUCGCCUUCCUCUCCAAACUCGUGGCGGCGCUCAACCACCUGAUGGGACCCCCGUAUCUGCCAGACGACCGGGCGGCCGGCGUCUCCACGUUCCUCUCAGACGCCUCCCUCGUCCAGAGCCCACUCAUCAGCACCGGUCAGACCGAAACGAACCGUGUUGCCAUGGCCACAGUCGCGCCGAAGCGAGGCCUGCGGCAUACGCGCUCCUCGACGACGCAGUCGGGCCGGUCUUUGGACGCAUCCAUUUUUGCCUCGAAUCCGCAGUCGAUGGCCAGACGAAACCCGAGGCGCUCGAGUCGUGCUUCGACGGAAGCCUCAUCGAGGCCGACUAGCCAGGACGACCUUGAGGGCAUUGGAUACGUCGGGGUUCGACGUAAGGAGCGCUGGUUGCGUCGCAGAUUCGGCCUCUACGAUGUGGCCAGCCCGACGGCGUACCGAGUAAUCGACUCCUGCGGCGUCCAGAGAAGCCGACAGCCGAACAAACCGGCCGACACUGUCGGCCUCACUCGCAACAGAAGUCCCCGUUUUAGCGGCCAUGACGACGGUUGUGAGGCACCUCCGAGGACGCUGAUUCCGCAGUGCAAUCCGACUUGCGGUUUUCUCUACCAUCCUCACCGGAUGAAAGUGGUUGACAUUCUCGAGUUGUACCAGCUCGACGUGGUGCUGCUUGCAAAGACGUUGGACUUGACGGUGCAGGAGUUGCGCAACCAGACGUCUGAGGAGCAAAUGAAGAGUAUGUACUGCAGCAACGAUGUGCAGCGGAAGAAGAGUCAUUUACAGUUUUUGUAUGAAUUUUUUCCUCCUCAACAAAUGCCCACCUGUGGGCUAGAAAGAGAAGUAGAUCCGGUGAAUAGGCUGCUGAAGCCGGCCCCAAAGCUAUAUGGGUCCUUAGAUUUGGGCUCGGCUCAGGGCAGAUGUUUCAACCAACAAGGGCUAUUAAUUCACUCUGCGUGGAGGGCAGAGUUUACAUGGCCCUGCUUUCCAAAGGGUAUUCUCAUCUCGGCUGAAUUGGGAGUCCUGAACUGGUCUCAUCGGCACCUCCAGCAGGACUCGAACCCUGACACGGCAGCGCAUAAUCUCAACCUAUCAACUACCAUGCCAGACUACCACUAG